GUCACAGCAACAAUGGACUCAUCAGUCCUGGUGAUGAUCAAGAAGGAGGUGACCUGUCCUAUCUGCCUGGACCUCAUGGUGGAUCCUGUGAGUGCCAGUUGUGGUCACACCUUCUGCCGAGGUUGCAUCAAAAAGAACUAUGAGUUCAGCAAAGGCAAUGAAGGGAAGGGCAUCUGCCCUGUGUGCCGAAUGAGUUACCAUAUCAGGAAUCUGAGGCCUAAUCGACAUGUGGCCAACAUAGUGGAGAUGCUACCAGGGUUCAAGUCCAGCCCAGAGGAGGAGCAGAAGGUGAAUGUCUGUGCACAACAUGGAGAGAAAUUCGAGCUCUUCUGUGACAAGGAAAAGGUGCCCAUCUGCUGGCUUUGUGGGCGAUCUGAGGAGCACCGUGGUCACCAAACAGCUCUCAUUGAAGAGGUGGCCCAAGAGUACAAGGAAGAGCUCCAGGCAGCUCUGCAAGAACAACUGGCAAAUGAGAAAAGAUGUGAUGAGUGGGAAGAUGAUCUUAAAAAGGAGAGAACUUUCUGGAAGAACCAAAUACAGAGUGAUGUAGAAAAAGUUCAGAUGGAGUUUAAAGGACUUCGGGAAUUCGUGAACUACAAGGAGAAGAAUGAGCUGCUGAAACUGAAGCAGGAGGAGCAAGACAUUAUGAACAGCCUGGCAGAGUCUAAAAGUGAGCUGGUGAAGCAGAGGGAGUCAGUGAGGGACCUGAUCUCAGAUGUGGAGCAUCACUUGCAGUGCUCAACCAUGGAAAUGCUGCAGGGUAUGAAUUCUGUCCUAACAAGGAGUCAGAGCUUAGGACUGAAACAGCCUGAUAUGGUCCCGAGAAGAAAACAGAAAAGGCUCUUCCGAGCUCCAGAUCUGAAUGGCAUGCUGCAAGUGUCUCAAGGGCUCAUGGAUGCCCAACAACACUGGGUUCGGGUGACCUUGCUUCCAGUACACAAGAAAACUAUCGUCAUUAAUAUGGACAAAAGACAAAUACAUUAUGAAAAUGUUCAUAGAGGAAGUUUGCAAGUGUCUGCGACCUUUGGUUUGGGUGUUCUGGGAUAUCCAGCUAUCCACUCAGGAAAACAUUACUGGGAAGUAAGCGUGUGUAGAAGUGAUGCCUGGCUCCUGGGAUUAAAUGAUGGAAGACGUAUUCAACCCCAACCUCAUUCAAUGAAUGAAAUGCUCUUCAGCGUCAAAUAUAAUUGUGAUGAUAAAAAACAGGUAAAUUAUCAGCCUAAAUAUGGCUACUGGGUUAUAGGGAUGAAGAGUGGGUCUGUCUAUAAUGCCUUUGAAGAGUGCUCUGUCACCCACAAUGCCAGUGUCUUGGUCCUCUCUCUGACUGGUCGUCCUAGUCGUGUUGGAGUUUUCCUGGACAGAGAAGCUGGCACUCUCUCAUUUUAUGAUGUUUCCAACCAUGGAGCUCUCAUCUAUAGAUUCUAUGAACCUUCCUUCCCCGAUGCAGUUUAUCCAUACUUUAAUCCUAUGUCAUGUUCAGAGCCAAUGACAGUAUGUGGGCCGCCCUCCUAAACCUCACCCAUACCCGCACAGUGCCCAUGUCUGAUGUAUCUCA